AUGAUCAUCAUAUUGGCUGCCUUCCUCGCGUUCUCUACUCCUGGAUUCUACAUUGGCUUAACUUGGACCAGUCUGUCUCUUGCCUUCUUUCUCAUUCGCUCAUUGAAACUUCAGGUGCUACCGCACGCCGAGCAGUAUCCUGCGGAGGGUAACAAGCGCCGUCUCUAUUUUCUGCUCAUGAUCGCACUUGUUCAGCCUUUCAUAAUGUGGUGGCUGACCAGCACUAUUGCCUACGGACGUUGGCUGGGAGCUUUCUCUUAG